UGGCUGUGAGAGUUUCAUAGACAUACGUACAUAUUUGUUUUGACAAGAUUUGUACAGUUGAAUAUACUUAUAAACAAUUCGAGAAAAAUUUAAAUAAAGAACGAAAUAUAAUUUAUUUAUAAUUAUUAAAUUGUAACACAAAUCUCAGAGAGCAUGUCUUUGUUUCCAGCUUAUUCUGCAAACACAAAUAAAUCCAACGAACCAAAAGAUCUGUCAAAAGAAAAUGACACAACCAAUUGGUUAUACAAUUCUAGUUGCUCAAAACAAAUUACAUCUGAUAAUUUCAUUCGUUUAUCCUCUGAAUCAUCAGAUGAAAUUAUAAAUGAAAUUCCUUAUUUACCUAAAGAAGAACCUUCGCAUGCUGCUACUUCUUUGGAUAAAGGAAAGCCUGUAUUAGAGGAAAAAGUAAAAUCCAGACAUAUUAAAAAGAAACGAAAAGAUAAAAGAAAAGAUGUACAUGGAAAACUAGAGAAGUCAGGAUACAGAAAGAAUGUAGAAAAUGUAUACUUUGAGGACAAAUAUAGAGAGAGAGGAUAUAAUACUGUAAAGACACUUAAUUCUAGGCUUAGGCCAUAUUAUGAUGUUAAGAAAAGUACCCUUGGUUUCAUACCUUACAAGCAAUCGAAAAAAAUUAACUACAAACGAUAUUACGUAAAGAAUAUUGACCAUGUAGAAAAGAAAAAGAAAGAUCCCGUUAUAAGCAGAGAAUCUACCACCAAUUUAUCUAAAGAGGAAGAAUAUACUCCUCUAUGGCAUAUCAAAUUGGAGGAAUUACAGAAAGCUAAGACCAAAGAGUAUAAUGAAAAAUUAACAGAUAAUCCAAAUGACGUUACAUUGUGGCUUGAGUUCAUAGAAUUUCAAGACACUUUAGGAUAUUUCCAGCAGUAUCAAACAGCAAAGGAUAUUCAUAGAGCUACGACAUUAAGAAAGUUAUCUAUAGUUGAAAAAGCCCUGGAAAAGAACGCAGAUUCAACGAUCUUAUUAAAAGUCAAGUUGUCUCUCAUGGGGGAACUUUCACCUGCAGAUGAACUUUCGAAACAGCUUGAAACAUUAGUUAACAAAAAUUCAGGCAGCAUUAUUUUAUGGCAAGAAUUUAUCAUGACCGUACAAACUUCUGUAGCAAUGUGCACAGUACCGAAAGUGUUAGAUCUGUAUUCAAAAUGCUUCUGCAUUCUGAAACAGAAAGCUAGAACCAAUCCCCGCGUCUACGAUGGAUGUCUAUUGCAAAUGUUGUACUGGUGUCUAACAUUUUUAAGACAUACUGGGCUUUGGGAACAAAUGUGGGAAACAAUGCGCCUGAACGUCAUUCUAAAUCUUAGUUUGAACAAGGACAGUCUGACCUUUCGAAAAACAAUAGAUGAAAAGAAAUUAAUUGGAAUGGAAGAAGUAAUACUGAUGUCUAGAUUACCACUUAAUCAGUUGUGGCAAAGAACAGAAUCAUUGAGAGAGAACUGUCAUUGGAUCAGCGUUAAUAGAAGCGAAUUAGAAUUAGUUGGUGAUUCCCGGAGAUUCGUUCUACCGGAUGAUGUCGCAGAUUUCGUUCAUCCUAUACUUUCAAGAAAUUUGAAUUUCCGGAUGGCGAUUCAUGUGUUACUUUUACUCAAAGUACCAUUGUUACCUACUCGGGAUUACAUGUUAAGGACGUUGAAGCUAGAGGAAUUUGAAUGGGGUGUAGAAACCUCAGAGGUAUUACUUCCCUUUGCCUAUCCCAUGAUAGGUGAGAUGACCGGACGUAGCGAAAGACAAGAAUUAUUGAGCGGUCUACUGGAAGGACGUUUAACAUCGGGUCCUCAAUACCUUAUGUUUCAUCCAGCUCAAGAAUCAUAUUUGGAUUUUAUACGUGAAAUAUUCUUUACAAUCGCCGAGAAUUUGUCACCUCUCCAACGUACGAGUAUAUUCGUCUGGUGGUUACGGUUCGAGAGACUGCUUAUCUUUUUGCAAAAACACGAUCCAUUAAAUAUGAACGAUACUAAAUUGAAAAAGCUGAAGACAACGCUAAAAGUAUUCUUAAAAAAAGACGAGAAUAGGAAUAACUUACAUUUCUAUAGAGAAUAUGCGUUGAUAGAAAAAGAAAUGGGGAAGUUUGAUAAUUGUGUGAAUAUUUUACAGACUGCUAUUCAGUCUCAGGGUGCAUGUCCUUCCGCGAUUCAUAAUCCUGACGAAAGGUCAGCUCUUGUAAGUUUAUAUCGAACAUUGGCAGAAACUUUACUCAACGUUGAAACUUACGAAGAAACGAACAAAACGAAAAUAUUAGAUGUUAUGAAACAAAUGGUGCCCGAAGCAGAGGCAGAUCCAUUAUCACAAGUGGAAAAAUAUUUAGAGAAAUGUGUGCAAAGUUUUUUGGAAGUAGCUUGUCCAGAGAAUGAAGAAGAUGCAUAUUUCUUACCAAAUCUCCACUGCGAUACAAUUGUUUGUUAUGCAUACUUAUUAUAUGUACGAGAUUCCGAUUUCGAUAGAGCGAUCAGUAUCUUUAAAAACUGUGUAGAUCAUUAUAAGGAUUGUCAAUAUAUACAGGAAAUAUUGCAAGAAAGUCAACUAGCGCUUACACAAUUACACUUCAAACUAAUCCGAAACGAAAGCCUUUUAAAAACGGGGUUGGAUGACAUGUUAAAUUUAUAUCCAAACAAUUUUUACGCACUUUCAGUAUUGGCUUGUAUAGAGAGUAAGUUGCCUAUUUGGAAAAGUAACAGUCAAGUGGCCAAACUUCAAUUAUGGAAAGCUUUUGCUUUGUGUUUGGCAUAUAGAAAACGUAUUCGCUACUUACAAAAGCUCGAGGAUUAUGUUAGUAUGAACGCUGCAAUUAAUAAAUUGAUGCACUUGCACCAGACACUUGCAAGGAUACCAAAGAUCAAAAACUGUCCUUUGUUAUGGAGAUUGUAUAUGCUCCUUCUAAGAGAGUAUAAUUUAUGUGAAAAGAAAGGAGAAGAAAUAUAUCACGAAAGUGUUGUAUUAUGCCCUUGGGCCAGGAGUAUAUACAUCGAUGCAGCUGAGGUUGCACCACAAGUUCUCACGCAAGUCCAAGAUGUGAUAAGAGAGAAGGAACUCAGAAUGCAUGUUACACCAGAGGAAUUAGACAUUUUACGUGGUUAAUCUUCAGACGUAAUUAUUUAAAUAUUUCCUUAGCUGAAGAUUUAUAUUGUGGUUAUAUAUAAACAGUUAAAUAGUGCGUGCAGAAAUGCUAACUAAGCAUUUAAGCUUUCGCACUGAUUAUUUUCGCAC